GCACCUGACUUGGAGUGUGACCAGCAGAAGGGGGAAGUAUUAUUAAUAAUUUAUUAUACCUUUAUAUACCGUCAGACGACGUACGCGACCGUGUUCAAACUUCGAAGUAACACACACAGAGUACACCGGUAGGGGCCUGAGGGAGGAGGGAAGAGGAGGGAGGGAGGAAAGAGGAGGGAGGAGAGAGGAGGGAGGAGAGAGGAGGGAGGAAAGAGGAGGGAAGAGGAGGGAAGAGGAGGGAGGGAAGAGGUAGGAAGGAGGGUGGAGAUGGACGCUUUGCAGACGGUGACAGCUAGCAACGCGAAGUCUCCCAUAGCCCGCACAUCAGUGAUAGCCGCCGUCAUUGCCUUGAUGCUGGUGGUAAUGGCCGCCUCGGAGUUCCUGAUUGCAGAGGCAAAAGGUCAUAAUAGACUUGGUAGGGGAAAAGCGGCUUCAGGAGGAAAGCGACUUCAGGAGGAAGUCGAUGAAGAAGAAGAUGGGCCAGAUGACAUCCAGCCCCCCCCCGGCGACGUCGUUGGGAAAUCGUGCAAAAGGACCCCUAAUUGCGGCUCCUUCCGUUAUUUCGCCUGUUGCCACCGAGUUUGUGUCGACAUUGUGUCCGAUCCGAAGAAUUGCGCAAGCUGCGGGAGAACUUGCCGCACAGGGCUGAGCUGUUGUGAUGGGUUCUGUGUGAACACAAAGACCAAUCCGAGACACUGCGGGGAGUGCUACCGGAGAUGUCAGCCUCCGUUUUCGUGCAUCAACGGCCUCUGUGGCUACUGAGGACGGUCGGGACGGUGAAGGCAAGCGACGAAGACGAUAGUAAGAUCCCGAUUUCAUUUCAAUUGUGGUGGUCGAUGGGAGGCAGUUCUGCGUGAACACACAAAGACAAGCGACGUUCAGCCCCCGUUCAGCCCCCGUGCGGGGGGAGGCAGUUCUAUCUGUGUUCACACAGUAAGAUCCCUGAGAAGGCAAGCGACGAAGACGAUAGUAAGAUCCCGAUUUCAUUUCAAUUGUGGUGAACACACAAAGACAAAUCUCAGCCUUCUCAGGGAGUGGUGGCGCUUCUGUGUGCCACCACAGAGACGUUCAGCCCCCGUUCGCAGGCAUUAAUGAUCGAUGGCCUCUGUCCCUCUGUGGCUACUAGUAGUAGUUUUUUUUUUGUUUUUUUUUUAAGUGGCUACUAAUAGUAUUGGCUACUGAUAGCAGAGAAAAAAAAUAUAUACGCAAACUUGAUAGUUACAACUUAUAAUAUUUCCGAAAAUAAAGGGGAGGAGUUACUGAGUUACACGUCGCGCUUGGGAGAUAAUUUUUUUGGAGUUUGCGCCCUAGACCACAGAAGGAGGAGGAUCAGCCCAAUCAUCAGUGAUUCAGUGAAUCCAUGGCCUAGCUCAGUUGGUACUCGUACUUGGUAGCCAUUGGUUGCUACACCAAUGCACAGUGGCAAUAGAGACUGAAGCUAGGCUAUGGAAACCAAAUGGACUGAUUGAAAAUGAUUCUAAAAAACGGGUCCAAAAAAGCAAAAAAAGAAAAAACAAGAUGGAUGAGCAUGCCAUCAUCAAUUGGCGCGCAGUCUAUGGAACGGAAUGGGCUGCCCCCCCCCCAAAAAGGGGCUGACUGGAAUUUUGCGAGUUGCUGAUUGAGCCUGAGUCUAUGCAAUUACAGUUCGAUUGCUUCGCUCUGGUCGUUACUCGGCUACUAGGAAGCCUAAGGAAGGUACGGACUUGAAGAUGGAAGGUUACGAAGGUACCAAGGUGAGAGGGGAGAGGGUAGGUACUAGGUAGGUAAGUUGCCAGUUGGGACUCGGGAGCAUGGAGGCUGGAGGAUAACGUACGCCAGGGAAAGAGUCGGUUCUACGUUCUAAGUUCUCAGUUCGGUGCAUGGGAAGGAAGGAGAGGUGGACUCUGGUGGGCACUGGGUUGCAGUGGGCUGCACUGGGUAAGGUAAGGAAAGGGCGCAAGCUUUCUGGGCAACAUUUUUUUCCGAGAGGGAGAGGAGAGGGAGAGGGAGAGGGAGAGGGAGAGGGAAGGGAUGCUGGAUAGGUCAGCCAGGGACGAAGGGAAAGGAAGUAAGCCACGCUUCUUGGUAGGAAGGUAGAACGGCAGUGGGCACAACUGCCGCACAUGUGAGGGAAGGAGUUUGUGAUGAUGUCUGUGUGCGUGCAACACCGUACAUGUGUGUGUGUGUGUGUGUGUGUGUGUGUGUGUGUGUGUGUGAGAGAGAGAGAGAGAGAGAGAGAGAGAGAGAGAGAGAGAGAGAGAGAGAGANGUGUGUGUGUGAGAGAGAGAGAGAGAGAGAGAGAGAGAGAGAGAGAGAGAGAGAGAGAGAGAGAGAAGCAAAUGCUUACAAAGACAGGGUGAUAAAAUAGAGAGAGACAGACAACCAGAGAAAUGUAGGGAUAGUCAGACAGGCAAACCUUGUUCUCCUGCUUUAUAAAUAAUAAUAAUGGUAAGAAAUCAAUAAUAAUAGUAAUAAUAAUAAAGAGGUUUAGCUUCA